AUGUGGGGUCUCAGUCCCUCUAUAAAUGCAACCAUUUCUUGUCCCAUAGUGGUCAUUCAUAAAGAAAUUUUAGCGAUUGCAUAUCCUCUAAACAACUUCCAAAUGGGUGGUGGCAAAGGCGGUGGAGGUGGUGGUGGUAAAAGCGGCGGAGGUGGUGGAGCACCAGGUGGUGGCAGUAGCUCUUCAAAGGGCAGUGGCGGCGGUGGGUCUGGAAUGAUGAAGGCUCCUGGUGGGGGAGGAUCAUCAUUUAUCUCAAGAGCUGGCUUCCAGAGCAACCCUCAGAUAUACUUUGCUGUGGUCAUUCAUAAAGAAAUUUUAGCGAUUGCAUAUCCUCUAAACAACUUCCAAAUGGGUGGUGGCAAAGGCGGUGGAGGUGGUGGUGGUAAAAGCGGCGGAGGUGGUGGAGCACCAGGUGGUGGCAGUAGCUCUUCAAAGGGCAGUGGCGGCGGUGGGUCUGGAAUGAUGAAGGCUCCUGGUGGGGGAGGAUCAUCAUUUAUCUCAAGAGCUGGCUUCCAGAGCAACCCUCAGAUAUACUUUGCUGGUCUGCAUGCUGGUCAAAAGGGAAAAAAAUAAGUUUGUGUGAUGUUCUUCACUAGUAUGUGUAUCUAUGUAAGAGUUUGCUCUAUGUUUCUGUUGUAUAAUGCUUUUGUUGUAUAAUGUUGUAUGAAAUAAUGGAGUAUGCUUUUAUAGCUCAUACCUAUAAUCAAGAUUUUUAAAAUUGGGAUCCUAUUUUGAAUCGAUGGGGAG